GUGUAGAGAUAAGGUGUACCCCCUGGCUCUACCUUCUGCCAGUGUAGUGAUCUGUUUCUUUAACGAGGCGUUCUCUGCCCUGUUGAGGACGGUCCACAGUGUGCUGGACAGAACACCUGCGUACCUGCUGCACGAGAUCAUCCUGGUGGACGACCACAGCGAGCUCGAGGAGCUGAAGGAGGACCUGGAUCGGUACGUCAGUCAGGAGCUGCUAUCCAAAGUCAAACUGGUUAGGAACCAGAAGAGGGAAGGACUCAUCAGAGGACGCAUGAUAGGGGCCUCACAUGCUUCUGGUGAGGUGCUGGUCUUCCUGGACAGUCAUUGUGAGGUGAACUCUGAUUGGCUGCAGCCUCUGCUCACUCCGAUCCUGAAGGAUGCUCACACAGUCGUCUGUCCUGUCAUCGACAUCAUCUCUGCUGACACGCUGACAUAUUCCCCUUCCCCCAUCGUCAGGGGGGGCUUUAACUGGGGGCUGCAUUUCAAGUGGGACCCUGUCCCCCCUGCCCAGCUUAGCGGGCCCGAGGGAGCCACUGGACCAAUCAGAUCUCCCACCAUGGCUGGUGGUCUAUUUGCCAUGAACAGGAAGUACUUUAAUGAGCUCGGCCAAUACGACUCCGGCAUGGACAUCUGGGGCGGGGAGAACCUGGAGAUCUCCUUUAGGAUCUGGAUGUGUGGUGGUCAGCUACUCAUCGUCCCGUGUUCCAGAGUCGGUCAUAUUUUCAGGAAGCGCCGUCCGUACGGCUCACCGGGGGGGCAGGACACCAUGGCCCAUAAUUCAUUACGGCUAGCUAAUGUGUGGAUGGAUGACUACAAGGAGCAGUAUCUAUCCCUCCGUCCUGAACUGAGGGAGCGGAGUUUUGGUGAUGUCAGUGAGCGUGUGGCGUUGAGGAAGCGUCUGCAGUGUCACUCGUUUCGCUGGUACCUCGAUAACGUGUACCCGGAGAUGCAGACUGUCGUCAACGGCAACAAGCAGCAGCAUCAGCCCCUGUUCAUCAACAAGAACUUGAGGAGGCCCAAAGUCCUGCAGAGAGGACGGCUCCGUAACCUAGCAACCGGGCGCUGUCUGGUUGCUCAGGGACGAGCCAGUCAGAAGGGUGGCGUUGUCGUUCUGAGACCAUGUGACCCUCAAGACCCUGAACAGGACUGGUCCUUUGAUGAAGAGGGUCAACUGGUCCUGGCAGGUCUGCUGUGUCUGGAUGUGUCUGAGGUCAGGACCUUUGACCCCCCCAGACUGAUGAAGUGUCACGGCUCAGGGGGGUCUCAGCAGUGGAUCCUGGGGAAGUCUAACCGGCUCUACCAGGUGUCGGUGGGUCAGUGUCUCGCCGUUGCUCAGCCAAUCGGACCCAAGGGUUACGUCUCCAUGGCGAUAUGUGAUGCGUCAGAGGCACAGCAAUGGCAGCUGGAGAACUGAGGAUGAUGACAUCACACGUUAGAGAGAGAGACAGACAGACAGGUUUUUAGAGAGUGAGACAGUUUCUUUUCUAGUUUUAUUUUUUCUCAGGAUGUUUUUAUGAAUCAAACUGUCCUUACACAUCCUGGAAUGUUUUAAAGUUGACUUUGAAGGAUUCCUCUAAAGAGGAACAGAUGACAGACCUGGGAUGUCCUGGAACACACUGUGAACUCUGGACUGAAACACUGUUUGUUUUCCAGGACCACCAGGGGGAGUUAUUUAUUGAACAUAUGAUCAGUCACCUGUGUGGGGUCAGGUGACUCACCUGUGUGGGGUCAGGUGUCUGCAGAUUUGAGUCUUUAAACAUUUCAACCUGAAUAAACGCUCUUUAUGAAACCAG